AUGUUUCGCCCUGCUGCCCGAGCGCUCGCUCGUGCGCCCACUGUCGCAUCCCGCACACCUGCAACCACACGAUUGAUAAGCACCGGUCCCUCGAAGCCGAGAAGCUGGAAGAACACUAUCCUCCGAUUGGGCUUGGCCGGUGGUGCCAUCUACUACUACAACACAAGCAGUGUUUUCUCCGAGGAGCCGAAGUUCUCACUUCUUUCUUCGAUCCGCAAACAAAAUGAUGAAGAAACCAACACCCAGACUCUCGACUCUAUCAAUCCUAAGAUUCGACAAGAACGGGCCGCCGCGAAGGCCCAGGAGCUCCAGGACGAGGCUGGCCAAGAGGCCGCAUUCAACCCGGAGACCGGCGAGAUCAACUGGGACUGCCCGUGUCUAGGAGGUAUGGCCCACGGGCCUUGCGGAGAGGACUUCAAGGCUGCCUUUAGCUGCUUCGUGUACUCCGAGGAGGAGCCCAAGGGCAUUGACUGCAUUGAGAAGUUCAAGGCCAUGCAAGAUUGCUUCCGCCGGUACCCCGAGGUCUACGGCGCCGAGCUUGAAGAUGACGACGAGCCCCAAACCGACGCACCUGCAUCCGCUCCCGCCACAGAAGCCCCCACCGCUGCCGAGAUCGAUGCCGCCUCGCACCCCGAUGAAAAGCGCACCCGUGCCAAGGACGUCAACGCCCAGAAGAAGGCCGAGAUUGCUGAGGUCGGCGAGAACCCUGACGGCGACUCCCUGAUCCCCAAGGCCGCGCACGACACCGAGGAGAAGAACCAGACUAGCAAAGCUUAG